AUGAGUGAACUCGCUGAUAUUGCUGUUAUUGGACUUGCCGUUAUGGGACAGAAUAUCAUCCUCAAUAUGGAUGAACAAGGCUUUAAGGUUUGCGCAUUUAAUCGUACGGUAUCAAAAAUUCAUGAUUUUCUAGCCAAUGAAGCGAAGGGAACGAGAAUCGUUGGAGCUUUUUCAGCCGAGGAAUUAGCCAAAAAAUUGGCGAGGCCUAGACGUAUUCUUUUAUUAGUAAGAGCAGGCGAUGCAGUUGAUGCCAUGAUUGGUCUUAUAGCAAAAUACUUGGAAAAAGGAGAUAUCAUUAUUGACGGUGGUAAUAGUUCAUAUACGGAUACAGAGCGUCGAUGUGAAGAGCUUGCUGCCAAAGGCAUACAUUUUGUUGGUAUGGGAAUCAGUGGCGGUGAAGAAGGUGCCCGUCAUGGGCCAUCUUUAAUGCCUGGUGGAGCAGAAGAAGCAUGGCCUUUUUUACAAAAUCUAUUGUGUAGUAUAUCUGCGAAAGUCGGCGAUUCACCGUGUUGUGACUGGGUAAUGGGACCAGGUGGAUCAGGUCAUUUCGUGAAAAUGGUUCAUAAUGGUAUUGAGUAUGGUGAUAUGCAACUUAUAACGGAAGCUUACCAUCUUUUGAGAGAUGCUGUUGGACUAGAUCAUGAUGAAAUGGCUAAUAUAUUUGAUUCAUGGAAUGAUGAUGUAUUGGACUCUUAUCUCAUUAAAAUAACCGCCGAUAUUCUUCGUUUUAAAGAUUUAGAUGGCCAAACAUUAUUGCCGAAGAUUUUAGAUACAGCUGGUCAAAAAGGUACAGGCAAAUGGACAAGUUUCACAGCUUUAGACCAUGGUAUUCCAGUUACGCUGAUAGCUGAAGCAGUUUUUGCUCGUUUUCUAUCUGCACUGAAGGAUGAACGCACAUUGGCUUCUAACGUUUUACCCAUGCCGAAGAUAGUGGAUAAAAUCGAAGAGAAAGAUAAAGCAGUUUACAUAGAGCAUAUAAAAAAGGCUCUAUAUGCUUCAAAAAUUGUAAGCUAUGCACAAGGUUUUAUGUUAUUGGAUGAGGCAAGUCGUUUUUACAAUUGGAAUUUGAAUAAUACUUCAAUUGCAAUGAUUUGGCGUAACGGUUGUAUAAUUAGAUCGCGUUUUCUUAACAAUAUUGGUAAUGCAUUCAGCGUAGUUCCACCUCCACAGAACCUUUUACUGGAUCCAUUUUUCUGUAAAGCAAUCGCGUCAUGCCAGGACUCAUGGCGAGUAACUUGUGCAAAAGCAGUAAUGCUGGGUAUUCCUACUCCCGCAAUUACUUCAGCACUAGCAUUUUUUGAUGGCUACCGUCAGGAAAGCUUACCAUCUAAUCUUAUUCAGGCCCAACGUGAUUACUUUGGUGCGCAUACAUAUGAAUUGAUAUCCAAUCCGGGUACUUUUGUUCACACCAAUUGGACAGGAUCUGGUGGUCGAGUAACUGCCAAUUUUUAUGAAGCUUAG